AUGGGAAUUGUAGAGAAGGAAGCUCAAUCAUUCACUGAGAUACGAACAAAAAGUUCUAGGACUCGACGUAUUUACUGUGACUUGUCACAAAGUCACAUCAAUCAUCAUUUAUUGGAUGAUAUUUUCUGUGGAUUAUCUAGCGCUUUUGCGCUUAGAAAAAGAUAUGCGUCGCUUAUUCUACCAGGAAAAUGUCAUCAUCCUUAA